AUGGGACUGAAUGAUGCUUAUGCACAAGCAAGGGGAAACAUUCUAAUGCUCAGUCCUAUUCCUGGCGUAGAUCAAACUAACUCACUCUUACUACAAGAUGAGAGCCAAAGGGAGAUCUAUAUGAGCCCACAAUAUCCUACUGAUGGGGCUUCCUUUAUGGUAGGAUCACAGAACAAAUUUCCACAGAAAAAUAACCAAAUGCAAAAGGGUUGGAGUUCUCAGCAAAAUCCAGGAAACACACAAUAUAAGUCUAAGACAAAGAAAUCUAAAUUUAAUCCAAAUGUUAUUUGCAGCCAUUGCUCAAAGAUAGGACAUGUAAGGGCUGAUUGCUACAGACUUAUAGGAUUCCCUGAUGAAUUCCAAUUCACUAAGGGUGGAAAUUUUCAAGGAGCAACAAUAAAAUCAAAUGCUGUGGGGAGUACAGGAAAUGCAACCUCAGAAAUUAGUGCCAGUGCUAUUGCUGGUACUAUUCUCAAAUAUUCAGGAACAUGUCUUGCUGUUUUUAAUACUAAAACCUGGAUAAUUGAUUCAGGGCAGGUCCCUUUAAUGAGGAGGGGACAAGUUUUUGGUGAAGUAAGGGAUGGAUUAUAUCUACUCCAGCCUAGAACUUCAGAGUCUAGAAUUCUAUUUAGUCAGAAUGUAAUUUCCAUUCCAAAAGGAAGUGAUUCCAGUAUAGUACCUAGUAAAGUUUCAUUUCGAGUUUCAGUUUUUGCAAAUGCUGUUUCAGAUGUAACUCAAUGGCAUGUAAGGCAGUUCAACAAGAAAGUAAAAAGGGUGAGAUCAGACAAUGCUUGGGAAUUAGGAAAGGGAACACAAGAAUCCAGAUUCUUUCAAGAACAAGGGAUCCUUCAUGAAACCUCUUGUGUAGCUACACCUCAACAGAAUGGGGUAGUUGAGAGGAAACAUAGACAUCUUCUGGAGAUUGCUAGGGGAUUACUAUUCCAAUCCAAGGUUCCUCUCCAAUAUUGGGGAGAAUGUGUUUUAACUGCAACAUUUCUGAUAAACAAGUUCCCCUCAAAAGUAUUGAAAGGGAAAACACCAUAUGCAGUUCUACUGGGGAAAGAACCAACAUAUGAGGUUCUAAGAAGUUUUGGAUGUUUGUGCUAUGUGUCCACCUUAUCUCAGGACAGAGGAAAACUUGAACCUAGAGCCAAGACUUGUGUAUUCUAA